AUGCGGUGGCUCAGAGGCGCGCAGCGCGAACUGCUGCUGCGGGGGUCACCUGCGUUUCGAGUGGGAGUUUGGGUAGCAGGUGUUGGAGGGGCUCUUUUGUGGAUUUAUUUUGAAGAAAUAAACAAACCUUUGAAAGAAAGAGUUUUGUUUCUCCCCGCGAAGCGACAAAUUCCCAUGGAAGCAGCAGAAAUCGAAGCCUGGAACCUCGGGCUCUCCGGCGGCAAGCUGCUGCACUGCAGCAGCAGCGAGCAGCAGCAGCAGCACGGCGUCGAGGCCGCCAGGGCCAAGGCCCUCGAGGCCAUCAAGCAGCAGGAAGCAGCAGAAAAAGACAAGCAGCAGCAGCAGCAGCAGCAGCAGACCUGGCUAUCCAGCUUCCUUGGCCUCGGCAACAACACGGAAAAUGCAAAGCCCAAAAAGGUUUCCUUUUUUUCCGACAAGUGA